CUCAUGGAACUUGAAUGCAACACACCAGCAGCAAGAUUCCCCCUGCGCAUGCUCACAACGUUAGCCUUAGUACUGAGAUGUGUGUUUUUAGAAGGUGUGUUGUCAUCCAGGCACUUCGGUGUGUGUUUUUUGCAUGCAUUUUUUAGUGUAUUUGGAGCAAAUCAUUUUAAGAGACAGUUGUAGCUACCCUACAGCUGGAGGAAACGGACUAUGUCGGCAAAUAAAACAAAGAAAGUCAAAAUGGCUACUAAAUCUUGUCCUGAAUGCGACCAACAGAUUCCAGUUGCGUGCAAGUCCUGCCCAUGUGGUUAUGUGUUUAUUAGCAGAAAACUCCUAAAUGCCAAGUUAAAUGAGCGCUCCUCUCCAGCCAUAGCAGACAAGCUGGACUUUAAGCGGAGGAGGACAGAGCGCAUUCGCAGAGAGAGGAUAGACUCUUCUUUAACCAAUGACUUGGAAAACAGGAGAAGAUCCCGGGCAAACAGCCAAUCAGAUCCCAUCCGGAGAGGAAGGGGCAGACCAAAAACAGUGGGGCUGAAGAAACACGAAGAGGAGAAAGAGAAACAAGAGAAGGAAGUGGAUAUUUAUGCCAGUCUUUCGGAUGAGAAGGCCUUUGUGUUUUCUGUGGCCUUGGCUGAGAUCAACCGCAAGAUCCUGGGUCAAAGACUCAUCUUAUCAUAGACCUGUCAUAGAAAAACUAUCAAAUAUCAAGAGGAAGACCAAAGAGGAUGAAGAAGUGUCUGGAGCUGAACACUGAUCUGGAUGUGUUUCACCUGGAUGAUGGGAUGAGAUUGAUAAACCUGGUGAAGCUUCAGAAUGAGGUAGAGGGUGAUGUUAUUGAAAGACAUCACAGCUCUUCAGCUCCUUGAAUUAAUCACCAACAAUACACAUGCAAACAAAUAUUUCUAGACCAAAAGCAUGAGUGUGGUUUGUGUUGUGUUGUAAUGACACACAUUAGUAUUGAUGAUUUUUCCCAACUGUAACAACAUCCACACCAUACUGUGCUAUGAAGACCUCUUAGUUAUGAGUUUAUUUUUUGGAGAGUAGGAGACUAAGUAAAUAAUACAUUCAUCUGAAAUAAAUGGACUGUUAUCAAGUGAACAUCCUCAAUUGAUAGUAGCUUCACGUUAAUGGAAGGGGCCAAGACAUUUUGGUGGCUUUCUUAUAACUGAAGAUGAACAAUGAAGAUUCUUUUUUUGAUUGCCAUUGUUAAUGAUCUAUUAGUAAUGUUGAGCAUGUAAAGCAUCCUGGUAGAGUUAAAGCUUUCAUUUCACUUAUGUGUCCCUGAACAAGCUUCAUUUUCCUUACAAGGUUUAAAAACAUACACACCAUGUAUUCAGUAGUUACUUUUAUAGACUUUUAUUGACCAUGUCAAGUUGGCCUAUUUAAGAUGAUUUCACUUUGCUUUGACUGCGUAUGAAACUAAGUAACUUUCUAAAUUGUAAUCAGAUUGUGAGUUAGUGCUGAUGUAGUGAAUAUGUUUUCUUUUAAAAUAAAAUAAAUUAUCAAUCUGUCCAACUUU